GAAAAUCCAUCAUGGCGGCUAGCUCUGUUUCAAAAAUUUCUUUUUCUUUUUGAAGAGAUUGCGGGUACUAAUCAAAAAUCAUGAAAAGAAGUAGUCCAGACUAUUCUACGUCUGUUGUAGAAGAAAAAGCUGUAGAGACUGUGGAUUAUGGCAGCCAAAGUCAACCAGUUUUAAAACUCAAGAGAAGCAGGCAAGCGAUUGAUGCUUCGAAAAGACUUGCUUUUGAGCUUUCUCAGUUCUCAACCCAACAGGAAAUCCUUCAAACUCUUGUUGAUCUUGAAAAGGAACUUCCGUUAGAGUCGUUAGAAGUCGCUGACUUUGUGAUUCGAACAUUGUGGGAGAGAUUUUACGAGACGGAAGAUGUUGUCGUCAGAGUCAAAGUUAUUUCUUUGCUGGAAAGCAUCGGAACGUUUCCUGGAGUGAAUGUUCAUGCGAUGGUAGAAGAUCUUAUUAGUCUCUUGAAUACUAAAGGUGAAGCCAGAAAUACAGGUACAGAAGCAGUCUCUCAGUCCACAACUUCUGUAGGAAAUGAAUAGGGCCAACAAAUGAGAAUUCAUAUUUUGAUCUCAGGGUUUAAAGGGUUAAACUCAUCUUUAUGUCUUUUGUCACCAUUUCAUCUAGUCAUCUGUUGCUGUUUUAAGGCAAUGUGGCUUGUUGGAAUUUGACCCUAAUCGGUCCUUAUGGAUGAUAAGCUACGUACACUUGUAUCUCCCCAUGCCCCAGUCAUCCAUGGUUUUCAAUCAUCUUGUGUCUUUUGUGACAAGUCAAUUUGCUGCAUUUAUUUAGUUAUUUCAAGAAAGGUUGUCAGAAAAAGUGCACACAACAAUCCCAAAAGGUUUUGUGGGUGGUUUUGAGUUCACUAUUCUUAAAAGAAAUUCGAAAGAGUGGCACAAGAGGCUGUGGACAUAUGUUUACGAGUGCCAAAGGAAAGCCACAAAAGUAGGUUUGUUGUAGUUAAUUUUUUAUCUCAGUAAUUUUUAUUUUUCUUUUGUUUCAACUUCAUUAGCAUACAUUAUCAUACAUUGUCAUAUCCAAAAACAAAAGAAAAACAAAAAUUACCUGAGAUAAAAAAAUUAACUGCAACAGGUUCAAGGAACGGUGUAUUAAUCAUAUCCCAUAUUACCUUUCCGUAUUGUUCCGUGCACAUUUUUUUCCGACAACCUUUUUCGAAUAGCUGUAUCUGAAGUCAGUAACUGGACUUCACAAUAGAUACCUAACAUCGCACAACUAACUGAACCAUUAUAGUGAAAUAAAGUCUUCCAAGCAGCUAUAGCAUUUUGAUCAUGCAGCAAUUAAUAAAGGCAGCUAGAAUUAAAAUCUGUUGAUGAGUUAUAUGCAGAAAUGAUUCCUUUUUUCAGAGUCCCACAAAGUUCAUGCUCAGGUAUUCCAAAGUCUUUUGCUUCUGGGCAAGCUCUGUAUCAAGGAGGUGGGUUGAUAUACAGUGUCUUAAAUGAAAUUUAACAUGAAAUUUGGAUGCUCACUUUUACUUUUUUGUUCUGUCUAUAUGAGCUUGAAAGCCAUAUUUUCAGUCUACAGUUAUAGCGCUUCAUAAAUAUGCCAUUAAAAAUAUUAUGGUCUCCAGCAAAAAUGAGUCUAACUAGCAUGAGAAUAAGACAUUUCAGUAUCAGAGACUUUCCACUUAACCCUGUUUUAAUACUCUAAAACAUAGCUUAACCCUUUAAGCCCCAAUAUCCACAUACAAAUUCUUCAAACUGAUCUCUAUACAUUUCCUUAAAGAAUGAGUUGAGAGAAUUUGUUAAAAGAUCAAAGUAUUUUCUCUUAGGUGAUCAUUUAAUGUUAAUUCUCAUAACCUCAUCUCAUGAUAAUGUAUGGAUAUCGUUAGGAGAAAAUUGCUGUUUUCACUAUUGGGAUUUAAAGGGUGAAAAUGAUAUUUGUGGUACAACUGUACUAUUCUUUUUUACCUUUGUUUAUCCUUCAAUCAUGGUACAAUAGAGAGGAAAAGUCGUUAUGUCACAUUGCCGUGGUAGCAAAAUUUUUGAAUGACAACUAACCGAAAACUUCACUUAUAAAGUGAAUUUACAUUGUUUCAAACUUCAUUGAUCUUGUUCAAUUUGAUUUAAUUUUUCAAAUGCUGACGAAAAUUUUUGGGGUUGAAUCUGAAAGGACCGUAUAUAAGUUUAGAAAAAGAAAAAGAAAAUCUUUGUGUUGCGUUCACCUAUCCCAUAAAGAAGGCACGUGAAAUUAGAAAGUUUCAUGCCACAGUCAUGCAACGAUGGCUAAAAAAUGUACAAAAAAAGCACGAUGAAUGUGAUGCAGUUGUUUUUUUUUUGGUAACACAACAACAACAACAAUAACUUUAUUUAUCCACAGGUAAAAAUUCAUCAGGCAAAGUGAACUGCUACAAAAUUGUAACCAACUUAACUAAUUGAAACUUUAACUAAUUAACUGUAAUAAGAUUCUUAACCAAAAGAAAAAAUUGUGCCUGCUUUACAUGAUUGCCUUGAUUAUCAAAAUAUUUCAAAAGAGAUCCCUGCAGCCGUGUUUAAAAGGGGAAAGAGUUUUCCCUUGCUGCAGCUCAGUAGGUAGACUAUUCCACAGCACCAAACCUCUGUAGCUGAAACUGUUUUUAACAUAAUUAGUACGGGGCAGUGGAAUAGCUAGCUUGCCCUUAGAAUCCCUGAGAGAGUAACUAGAGACUUUAUUACGAUAGGAAGACAAUGAAUUCAAAUAUUGCAGGGCAAGGCCAUUUAGAGACUUACAAACCACAGACGCAGUUUGAAGGAGAGAAGGUCAAGAUAUGGGCGGCAUGAUUUUGAAGUUUUUUGCAGUUUAGUUGCAAGGGAGUUGUUGCAAUUCCCCCAAACAAUGCUACAGUAAUCAAAAUAUGGUUGUACUAAGGUGCUAUAUAUAGUUGAGAGCACUUCAAAUGUAACAAAAGGCAGACUUCUCCUCAAGAUACCAAUGCCAGAAGCAAUCUUUUUAGCGAUAUUAUCAAUAUGUACAUUCCACGACAAAUUCUCAUCCACAUCAACACCAAGAGAUAGAUAUUGAUCGCCAGAGAGGGAACUGUUCAAUUUGGACAUUUAUAAUUUAUAAUUUUCGUAUAAUUUGGACAAUAAAGUAAAAACUUUUUGAAGGUUUAGUUUUUUUCAGAUCAAAUCUAUGUUCGGUCUCCACAAUAUAAUCAAAAUGCGAAGGGCCAUUAGUGGGGUCAUGAAUGUCGUUAAGGGCCCAAAUUGCCUGUUAUGAAUUAAAAGGAGAUUUGAGCCCCAUAAUGCUUAAGAAAAUAUUUCAUAACAGUUUUGAAAAUUUCAAAAUUUCCCAGGAUUUAUAUGGAAAACCAUGCAAGCGUUACUGGAUGGCAAAAGUUGUUUUUCUAAUACAAAUGAUAUUCUAAUCAAUUGCUACUUUUGAGAUAUACGGCUAAAAAUUCUCAGGUUACCUAAGUUUAGUAUGCUCUUUCAGCUUGUGCUAACAAAAUUUUUCAAAAUUGAACUGUUUUCUUGUUUACCGAAAGUUGAUCAUGUGAUCAUAGUCAUUCAAAGGGCCUGUUAUGAAUAAGGCAUAAUUCACCCGAUUAGUUAAGAAUUUAUUUUUAGCAGCUCAAGUCCAUCACAGUAGUCCUGUUUUAAGGUUACAGUGCAUGUGACAUCCAUCAAUGGUGGGAUCGCCAAUCACUAAGAAAAGAAAAUCUUAGAUUAGUAAAGUUUUUAUGUCUGCACUGGCUACAAUGCAGGUGCUAAUUACCAAAUUACUGUCAUGCAUAAAAAUAAGAACAAAAACACAAAACACGUUGUUAUAUGCAUAAUGUUAAAACUGUGGCGAAGUCAAAACUAUAGUUCGUAAAGUACUAGCCAGUCCCAGGCUCCGAGAUAGUCAGGUCCGCUGAAUUGAGAAAGCGUGGUGAACACAAAAAUAAAAACAGGAGGAAACUGGGCAGAGGAGGGAGGCGGCUAUCCUUUCCUUUUUCCUUUUUCCCGUUUCGCCAACUUUUCGCAUGCCUUUCACUUUUGCGUCUUCCCCACUAUCUGAGAGCCUGGAACAGGCUAGUGAAGUACUCCAUCUCAAACCAAACAGGCUUUUGAAUGUCUUUCAUAUCCCUGACUCGCCUCCUUUUUCUGGAUUAGACGUUCUUCAGUUGAGCGAUACAGACGCAGAAUUGAGAACAUUUUCAUGGCCUUGACUUAAAAUACGCAACACAUCCUCUGCAUUAAACUGUGUUAUUUUAUGUUUGUAUUGGGCUUUCCACUUGGGAUUGAAAUCAUUUACUUUCUAAUGGCGUGAAAUGUUUAGGCAAAUAACCACAAGAAAAGGGGAGCCACAUAGACCUGGGACUUGAAAAAGUUGUUUAUGCGCUAGUCAUUUAGCAUUUCAUUUACUUGGCUUUUAUGUUUGCAAAAAUUUGGGAUUUAUUUUUUCAUGUCGGAUUUAUUGCGUAACAGUGAAAACAAUCCACUUAAUUACAAGGUGUAAAGACUAUGAAAAAAUAAGCGAUAGAAUCAGAAUCAUAUUGUAACAUAUUUGAGGACAUACACUUUGCUUGAUUAAUCUUACCGAGGUCAGAAACGGCAGCAACACAUUUGUCCCAAAAUGCAGCCUCGGCCAAAUGGAAAGCACCCCGCUGGGGGCGGGCAGGGAUGAUAACCCUGUCCUGGACAAUGAUAGCAUGAAACUUCGCAGCAAAUUCCUCUUUUUGUAUCUGUAAACAGGUGAGGAAAAAGUCAUUACCUUAUAAAAUAUUUUUAUCUCACAAUGUACAACGAACGAGUAGUGGUUACUCUCAGUCCGGCGUUGGAUUCCUAUCCCAAGUAAUGACGCCUGGCAUUUGCAAUACGAAAACAAAAAAUUCAGUUCAUGCGCGUCUCAAAGUAUCACAAUAUCAAAAAAUAUCACAAAUUCGUUGCCUAUAACAAAUAACGUUUAAGCGCGUGGGCUUUAAAAGCUUCGAAAGUUACCUUGAAAAAUUAUCUCAGAGAGAAAGUUGGAGGUUGUCUCUUUGUCCUGUGGGAGACGCAGCCGCGCACUGUACACAGCUGAGCUCACAAGGGUUACCAGCAGCAUGCAAAUGUAAAACUUGGCAGCCAUUGCUUGUAGUUUAGAGAACAGCGUAACCUGGUUUAAAAAAAAGGAAAUAUCUCCUUACAAACAAAAUUUUGUCACAAGAGAGGAAGAAAAUACUGGGGUCAUGAGUUUCGAAAUGGAUGCUAAAUAGACUACUUUCUAGUAACUGAUAGUAAUUUCUGUUGUAAACAAAUUUAUGUUUAGGGCACAAUUAAGAAUUAAGAGUAAACUUCAACUGGAUCACAGCUCCAGUUGCACACCAGGAACUGAACUAAUGAAGAUCUACUUGGUUGUUUCCCUUUCAUUCCUUCACUAUAAGCUCACUAUUGACAUGAAUUUCGCUAGUAAACAAAUCUAUGUUUAGGACACAACUAAGAAUUAAGAAACAAACUGUAAGACGUAAGGUGUCUAAAACUUUUGUUGGAUCACAGCUCUCUCCUGAGCUGAUAAAGACAGACUAGGUUGUGUCGUUUUUAUUCCUUUAUUACUGACAGUGGCUCCAUCCACGUUCACAUUCUGAAAAUAGCCUGCACUAAAUUCAACUUUCCAGUGCAUGAUUUGGGGAUAACUGAUUAAGGACACAAAGUCUGUGAUCACAUCACAUAGCCACGCAAUCACUAUACCUUAUUAGCAUGAGUUUUUAGUGGGAUCACCUCAGUAUCAUGCAGGUCUGUUCUACCAUAAACUUAUCGUAUGAGGUCACACAUUUGGUUCACGAAUUUUAGUAUUAGUACAAGACUUUAAAACACGCAGCAUCACAAGUACAGCAUCACAAGGCAUCACAAGGUAUCACAGAGUAUCAGACAAGACAUCACAGAGUAUCACAAGGUAUCACAAGGCAUCACAGAGUAUCACAAGGUAUCACAAGGCAUCACAGAGUAUCACAAGGUACGUAUCACAAGGUAUCACAAGACAUCACAGAGUAUCACAAGGUAUCACAAGGCAUCACAGAGUAUCACAAGGUAUCACAAAGUAUCACAAGACAUCACAGAGUAUCACAAGGUAUCAAAAAAAGACUCUUUAAUAAUUCUUUUGUUUUAACCUGAUAAAGCGAAAUCAAAGCAAAAUAACACUGCUUUCCAAAUAAAUCACCCUCGCAAGGCAACAACUUACCGCUAUUGAAAUCUGGUGAACAGCAAAUAAAUGAAUCAAUGAUUACCAAAUUAAAACUCCCUGACUGCUACGGAGCCGAAGAGAUUAUAAUGCAGGAGGUGAAAAUGGUGGGAAAGCAAAAAAUUGUCCAGUUCUGCGUCGAGUCCUGGCUUGGUAAAUAUUGAUCCUCAAAAAUAACCUACAAAAUACUUCACAACACUUCUUAGUGCGUUUAGCGCUCAGCAGAACCAUGUUCAGCUCCACAGGGGCAUGACGUGCUGAUAUAAAGACAAGUCAGUGCAGAUUUAUGUCGUAGUUAUGGUAUUGCGAUAAAUGUAAUAAUCUCUAACUUAUUUUAAUGCUGCAAUUUAAAGUAUAAUAAAUCACUUUUUGUGGCAAUCAUGGAAGGUAAGCUAAAGUUAGGGUUAGGGUAGUGGUAGUGGCUUCGUACACGCUAUAUACUGUUUCAAAUGGGACACGAUACAAAUCAUUUCGUCAGCUGGAUACACGAGUAGCUGUAUAGGGGCUAGAUGUUUCCCAGGUUAAGUCGUUUUAAGCUUGUCGCCAAUGGUAAAUGUUAUUUGCAUUGGAAGCUCUUACAUAAAAGCACUAUCAAGCUUCGUAAAAUUCGCAAAAUUUUCGCAAAAUUUUCUGCAGUUGAAUCUGAAAGGAUCGUAUAUACAGCUGUACAUGUGAGUUUAGAAAAAGAAAAAGAAAAUCUUUGUGUUGUGUUCACCUACUCCAUAAAGCAGGCGCGUGAAAUUAAAAAAGUUUCAUGUCGCAUUCAUGAACGAUGGCUAAGAAUGUACAAGAAUUAAAAGAAAUGCAUUUAUUGUUUUGCUAAAAAUAUAUACCUAUUGCUUUUUUUCCUGCUCUCAUUGCUGUGACCUUCCUCUUUGCUCAAGCUCCCUAUUGUUGUAAUCCAGAAAUUUUGUUACCAUGGUAAUGUGACUUAUUCGCACUUCUCCUCUCUAUUCGGAGUUUCUGUGAUAUUUUUUUUUUUUAGCUUAAGUGCAUUCUCUGGAAAGUCAGUUGUGUAAAUUUGAUUUGCUUCAUUAAAACAAAUACGGUAAAAGAAAUGUUUUAUUUUAAUAAUUCUGUAGAGACCCAGUGCUAUAUAUACAGACUAACAGAAGUUUAUGCAUUGUCAUUCUCACCCUAGGUAAAGAUUGUCCACCAAAUCGAAAAGAUAGCCACCCAGGUAUUUAUGUAACAAUCUUAAAGUCUAUGCUUUUGUUUUGUACACUAACAUACACAUUUUAAAACUUACAUUGUUCUUUUUUUUCUUAAAAGUACCUUAAAGAUCCCCACACCUUGGUACGCUGUCAGUGUCUUUCACUGAUUGGACACGUGACUCCGGAACAAGAGAGUUCUCCACCUUGGGUAGGGCAAAGCUCAAAGGGAGGGGUGCAGGGUUUGCUAGCCAGCUUCUCAGAUGACAGUGACCCUCGAGUGCGCACAAGUGCCUUACAGGCUUUGGUAAGUAUCACACUGCCGCUCUGGUCACAGCACUGGCUGCCAGUAAUAUUAUAUUACAGUUGACUCUCUCUUAACGGACACCUCUAUAAGAUGGACACCUCUCAAAAACGGACACCUAGAGUUGGUCCCUGCCUUUCUUUACUCCCUUUAUUUGACUCUAUAAGACGGACAUCUCUCUAUGGAUGGACACUUACUGGUGGUCCCAAAGGUGUCCGUCUUAGAGGGAGUUGACUGUAUAUAGGUUUUCAUUAAAGCCAUACAUGAUGUUGCCUCAGUCUACAUAAGUCAACUUAUUUCUGUUAGAGACACUACUGGAAGACAUACCGUAUUUAUUCGAAUAAGCGCCCACCUCCAAUAAGCGCCCAUCCUAAAGGCAGAAAAAGUUAAUAAGCGCCCAGCCUCAAAUAAGCACCCACCCCCUCCUCCUCCCAAUCAAACUCAAAUAAGCGCUCACCCCCACCCCACCCACUUGAGUGAAUAAAUGCUAAUAAGAGACUUCCCCGAGGACGAAGUUUUCUUCAGAGUAUUACAGUGAAACCUUGCUUUGUUACUUCUUCGCGUUUUGUUAUUAGCAUUUAUUGUUUUGAUGCAAAAUAAACAUACUACGUUUGCUGAAAAUGGUAAAAAUUUAAUAAGCGCCCAGCCUCCAAUAAGCGCCCACCUCAAAUAAGUGCCCACUCUCAAGGUCCAAAUAUUUAAUAAGCGCCCAGGGCAGUUAAUCGAAUAAAUACGGUAACCUACAUUCCAGCACUAGUUUACACCUUAAUUAUAGUUCAUGUAGAUCCCUCACCACGCUCGCAGAUUGUUGUUUUCAUGUGGCCACCCCUAAACCAGGGAAAAAUCUUCAGAGUGGAAUAAGGAACAUCACAUCUGUGCAAAGUUUCAAGAAAGCUAUCACAAUCUUUUGUAUUUGCAAAAGCUUUUUAAAUGUACAUUUUAUUUCUAUAUUAUAUAUUUUACGUUUAUUUUGUUAAUUCUUGUAAAUUUUAAAUUUCAUCUUUUUUAGCUUUUUAUCAUUGUAAUGCACAAUUGAAAUUUUGAUAUUGACAAAUGUGCAAUGCUUACAUGUAAGAAAUUAUUAUUAUUAUUUCUAUUAUUACUAUCAUUGAGUAAUAAUACUACUAAGUAGAAGUUAAGCCCUCUUGGAAGACAAUAAUUACUGGUCAAGGAAGUUUCAACUGUUGUUGAUCACUACCAUUGUUUUGUAUUCAUCUUAGGAACAAUGCAACUGAGUUUUUAAUGUUUUCCAAGUUUAAGUAAACUUGUGAAGGGCAGAUUAGAAACAACUACUAAACAACAAGCUAUCAUCUGCUAUUCUGAAUGCAUUCAAGCAGAAAAAUAAAUUAUUACAGUAGCCACAAUGACAAAAUUUAAUUUGAACAUGUUUAAGGCACUUGAUAAUUAAGAAUGGUGAUAAUAGGCAACACUUCAUGGCGAAAUUGUCAUUAUCAUUGAAACUAUCACCCUUUGUCUUAACCAUUUGGCCUUGGCUCAAAAUGUUAAGGUGGCUGAACAGAGUUUUGGCGGGUUGUGAGUAUAUGUAAUUUGACAUUUUCGUAGUUUCCAUGGCAACAUGAACGAUUGAAUACAACCUUAAAAUUUCACCUUUGCUCAGUUUUCAUAAAGUUCACUCAUUAGAUUUUGCUAUAAACUUGCACACAUCUUACUAUAAUUAAUCAUUACUAUUUGAAACUUAUUUGACCAAAUUUUAACAGACGGGUUUUCAGAUAAUCAAUAAUAUAAUUGUACUGUAACUAUUAAAUGUGUCACAAAAUUCAUCUGUCCAACUUCCAUUUUAAGGUUCUCAUUAUCGAAAACACGAUAAAAGAAAGAAUUCUGCCAAAUAUCACAAAAUUUUAAUGAGCAGAUUUUGAGAAAUAUUGUCUUAUGUGAACCAUUGGUUUUUUUGCCAUGUUUGUUUAUCUAAUUAAAAAACACGCGCCGUCACGUGAGUUACCGCUUACCGCCAGCAAAACUGUGUUCAGCCACCUUAAGCACUUGAAGAUUACAUGUUGAGGGAAAAAAUGAUUUACACAGGAAAGUUGUUGUAAUCUUUGACCACAUUUAAACAGCAUUUGUUUUGUUCUAGCUUACGCUACAUGAGAGAGGUCAUACCUUAGGCAUAGCAGUAUAUGAUCAAGCCUCACUAGCAAUGGAUGAUGACUAUGAAGCUGUCCGAUUGGUGGCCAUUAAGCUGAUUUGGGUUUUUAGUCAAGCAGAUCCUGAAAGGUUAGUUUUAAUUUAGUGCUUGUUACUCUGAACAGGGGUUUACUGCUUGAAAUAAAUGUAGCAUUGCAAUCAAGAUUCUGAUAUAUGGCAUACAGUUAGUCGAAUGCCAUAGGCCCCCUAAACUCAGUGUUAGAGUGUAUUGAUCAUGUUUGGUUAAUGUAUUACAUGUAUACGUAUCUGCCAACAGAACUGUAUAACGCAUAAUGCAUAAGUCUCACAUCUGCCAACUAAAGACCUUGAUCUCAUUGGUAAUCUCUGUAAUAUAUUUAUGAAGGUUAUUUUACACACUAGUCCUUCUGGAAUAUGUUGUGUCUUAUGGUGUGUUGCUUGCUACCUGAGUGGUUGAUUUUAAAAAUGUCUUUGUUCCCAUUUCUCGUUCACUCAUAAAGAGAAAUCAUUAGAUGGUGCAAUAGAUCAGAAAAUCGACUGCUUUUCUUUCCUUGCUAACUCCCAAAGUACAUUGUAUCACCAUAGUUAGUAGAGGAGACUGGUUAUGAAACAAAGCUGAAAGCUGACCCAAAUCAAGUUGAACAAAAAGAUAAAAAUGAUGUAAGCCCGGGGGGGGGGGGGGGUAUUUUGGGGAUUUUUGGGGGGGGUGGGGCGGGGGGGCCCCUUAAACCCUAAACCUAUCCCAGGGUAAAUUAGGCGGAUUUUUGCCCCCCUAUAUUAGGGAAAACCCCCAAAUCCCCCCCUCCCCAAGAGCGCCUUUUUAACAAAACCACCAAAGGUUGCUCAUGAGAACCUGCAAAGGAGUAGCAUUACAAAUUAUAUCUAGAAAGACAUGGAUAGAAGACAAAGGGGAAUGUAGCAAGACAUCGAUUGUGAAAAAAAUGUAAAGAUGGUUGGGGGGGGGGGGGGGGGGGGGUACUUUAGGGAUUUCUGGGUGGGGAUGUGCCGGUGGGACCCUUUAACCCUUAACCUAUACCAGAGCUAAUUCAGCUGAAUUUUGCUACCCUAUACUAGAGUAAACUCCCCAAAUCCCCCCUAUCCUAGAGUAGCUGUUUUCCAGAAACUACUGAGGUCACUGGGACAGUCUAGCCAAAAAAAACCCUAUACCACAAUCCCUAGUCUAGAUAAAAUCUUCAACCAACUGAUCAGUUUCCUGAAAAAUGAUACCCUAUUGUAGACCCAAAUGCGCUGAGAUAUAUAGCCUAUCAUAGAGUAAACUGCUUGAAAACCAUACCCAUCACAGAGGCACCUACCUAUAUAGCCCAUAUAUGGCAGUACUCCCCCCGCCGGGGAUGUAAGCUCAGUGAUAGAUGAUGGAUGUAGGGGCUGUUUUCUCUGCUCAUCAUAAUCAUUUAAUUUUACAAUUCUUCUCAGUCUUAUAGCGAAUGUUACUCAUUUUACAUUCUCAUUGGAUCGUAAUGCAUUAUGCGUAGUUUUGAUAUUUAUACUUUUAUAUUGUAUACAUAAUUCCAAUGAAUAUAAAUUGUGUCCCCAAAUUAUAUUUUUGGGGUUUUUACCAAGCUAUACAGUUCUGUCACAUUAACAAAGUUUUCUAUCCAUCCAUCCAUCCAUCCACCCAUCCAUUCACCCAUCCACCCAUCCAUCCACCCACCCACCCAUCCACCCAUCCAUGCAUUCAUCCAUCCAUCUACAAAACUUAUUUUCUCUACAAUACUUAUUUUCUACAUUACUAAUGCAGAUCCCAUUUGUGCAUACCUAUGUCCUGCCUACCAGUCUACCCUUAACCCUGCUGGAUGAUGAAGCUGUCUUGUAAGCCAUGCUUUAUUAAACACAAAUAUAUAUUCUAAAGCAGAACCCAGAACGGAUAAUUACGGAUGUUAGGAUGUUGCUGUUGAGUUAAAUUUCUCAUAACUUCGCAGAAUUGUCAAGUUGCCUUCAUCAGAUGAGGCCCGGCUCAUAGAUGAUGCUUUUAUCAAAAUCUGUCACAUGGUGAAUGACUUGUCAAUGAAUGUGCGCAGAGAGGCUGCACGGUUGCUAGGAUCACUCCAUCUUGUCAGUCCAAAGUUUUUGGAGCAGACUUUGGAUAAGAAGCUUAUGUCUCACCUUAAAGUAAGACAACUUUUCAAUAUACUCAGGGUCCGAAAUUGCGCCUUCCUGGUCGCCAAUGCGACUAAAAAUUUAGUCCUGGCGACAAGAAUUUCAUAGCUGGUCGCCAGCUAGCGACUUGUAAAGCUGGUUGUUAUUGUGGACUUUAACGUUCGGAGAAACUGAUUAAGAAUUGAAACCUCGAAGCUAUUUGCCAACAGGUGUCUUCUUUUUUGUCCUGCUGAUAUUUUUUAAUUAAAAGUGAAACGAAUCUUCUUGUAAUAAUACCUACACAACAGCUACGAUCAAUACGAGUUGAACGUUUCCAAGCCGCCAUGUUGUUUUCAGCUGAAAUACGGUAAGUACGUUAUGUACUUUGUGGACUGGUACGAGUAAUGUGGCACAGUUGUGGCCUGGUACGAGCAACAAGGCGGCUUGACUCAAGCAACACCGCGGCAAAACGCAAUGCGCAUGAGCACAAAAUUUAAUAUCCGGUCAGCUUUUUAUUUCCGGUCUAGUAUAUAAACCAAUAGCGUAAGCAUAACUUUGCCGUCGCGCCAAGUUUAAAAGCAAAAAGGGCGAAACAGACAAAAAAGGGGGCCCAAAAAAUCACUUCAUUCGAAAGCUUAUAUAUUUUUCUAUUCUCAAACUUUUGCACCACAUGGUUAUCUGUUUGCACCAACGGUGAAAAUCAUGUUUGAAGUUCGCAGUAGCUCGCGAGCGCUCGACAAGACGAAUUUGUUUUUACUGGCUUUCUUGCAUGCUACUGGUUUGGCAUAAGUUAAUUUGGGAGAAGGCGACAACUAAGAAAAGAAUAACAAUACUUAUGAAAGAAACCAAAAUAAAGACGUCAUCAUUAUCAUAAAUAAACUAAAACCAGGAAAUAAAAUUUUAGUCCGUUCAAUAAUUUGUGAAAACAAGAACUCAAAACAAAAGAUGGGCGGGAUUUAAUAACAACUUUGACUUUGAUGACUGCAGUCACCGGGAAACUAGACAUGCCUAUAAAUGACUUUCAUUGAAGAAAAUGCCUAUUUAAUUCUUUUACAUGGUUGUUCUUUUGUUGAAGACUUCAAUAAUUUCAGACUGUGCGGCUCGGCUGCAUCUCAUGCAAACACGAAACUUCUAGCUGCUAAAUACAAGGCAUGAAAAGUUCGACUUCUAAAAGCCACUGAACCAGCUUUCGCUCUCUGAUUCUGAGAAUGAAAAAAUAAAUAAAUAGAGUUGUCAACUUGCUGCCAACCGGCUCAACAGUAUAAUUAAGCUUAUGUUUCAUGGCAAUCAACCCAGAAGAGUUUCGUUUUAAAACACGGUAAAACCCACUGGUAAACAAAACUACAAAGCGAUUGUGUGUUGUCGUUUUCCAAAUAAAGUUUGAAUCGGCUUUAACACAUGUAGACUGAGAAACUGAAGAACUGAAAAUUAGAACUACAAUACACAAGCUUGCAAUGAUAACGUUUUAAUUUUAUGUCUUAGUUUCAGCCAGGUUAAGUGAAAAAUAACAGUCAAAAACUUUAUUUUCGUGAAUGAAAAUCAGUUUACCUGACGCUCUAGCCAAAAUUACACACUGAGUUAUUAUCAUCUUACCUUUUCUGAAUCUAAUCGACUAAUUGUUUCAGUGAUCUGUGCCUGGUUAUCCAUAAAAGCAAUUUCAAUAAGUACAAAAUAGUCAAAAACACGAGCAGCAUAAAGCAGAACAACUGAACCACAAGCUGCACACAGAAGCCGAGAGCGCGCAGGAGACUUUGAUCUGACUGGAAAGUGUGACUGAAAAAGAGACCGGAAAUGCUCAACCUGGCGCAUUCGUAGACGUUUUGCCGCGGUGUUGACUCAAGCUUGACUCAAGCUUGACUCGUGUUUAUGUUUCGUGUUUCGUGGUAGUUAUCGGAAGAGUUUUGAUAUGAGUAGUGCAGUCAUGGGCAGACAGCUUUCUGUUCCUAUGUUCUAGGUUAGAUAGCUUUAUAUCUCCAAAAAGUAAUUUGUGGAAAAAAUAAGACUUCACUCGUACACGUACGGUUGCUUUCUGGUAUCGAGAGCGAAAGUAGUGCAAUUUUUGAGCAUAAAACGCCCAUACCAUGCAUUUUUCAUUCGUGUUUAACUUUUAUUUGAAAAAAAGGGAGGGGGAAUUUUUGGCGACCACAAUUUGCCCUCUGGGGACCAAAAAUUUAUACUUGAUCGCCAGUUGGCGCCCCUAUUAAAAAGUUAAUUUCGGACCCUGAUACUAUAAUGUUACUAUAAUGUAAGAAAGAUGAAAUGCUUAUCAUUGUUUUACACGCAAUAAUUUGAACCCGAAAAUGCCCAUUUUAUAGCCUUCUACAUUGAAGCUUUUUGUGACUGAUCAGGUUGGGAAAUGUUCUCUGUGCAACCUUUGUGGUUGAAUUGUAAGGUGUAAAGGUAUCCUGAAAAGCAAAAAUCCUUAGCUGCUGUUUCAGUCAUUUAACCCUUUGAGUCCCAAUAUCCACAUACAAAUUCUCCAAACUGAUCUCCAUACAUUUCCUUCAAGAAUUAGCUGAGAGAAUUUGGUAAACGAUCAAAUAUUUUUCUCUUUGUGAUCAUUUUGUUAAUUCUCAUAGACUUUGCUCAUGAUAGUCUAUGGAUAUAGUUAGGAGAAAAUUGAUUUUGAGCACUAUUGGGAAAAAAAGGUUAAUACUGUAGCAUACUAAUGUUGUCGUGUGGGAAAAUGUUGCUCUAAGGUGUUGGGGGGAUUUGUUCAGAAUAUUUAUGUGAUAAUUGUUGGAGGUCAACCGGUGGGAUGGUACUCUAACUGAUAACUGUAUAGGCUGUUACUUGCUGUUUUUUAUCUCUCCAAAACUUUACAUUGCCCUUCUUAGUGACUCUUUUAUACUUGCAUUUUAGAAAAGGAAGACUGAACAUGAGAAGCGCAAGGAAAUUCAUGCAGCAGGUGGAGCUGAUGAGGGCUGGAGCACUGGACGAACAUGGGGUGAUAAAGCACCGGAACCAGAGAUUGACCCUGAGGAUAUCAGCCUCAUGAGUAGUGGUGCAUGCGGAGCAUUUGUCCAUGGCUUGGAGGAUGAGUUCUUGGAAGUGCGAACUGCUGCUGUUGAUUCCCUCUGCGAGUUGGCUUAUCGCAACGCUCCUUUUGCAGUCCUGUCACUGGAUUUCCUGGCUGACAUGAUGAAUGAUGAAAUUGAAAGAGUGCGACUAAAUGCCAUCAACAGUCUGCGUAAGAUAAGCAAGCAUGUUCAAUUGAGGGAAGAUCAGUUGGAAACACUAUUAGGUGUGCUGGAAGACUUCUCUGGAGACACCAGAGAAGCAGUGCGCGAGCUGUUGUGUAACUGCACGUUAUCCACCCGGGCAAGUCUUCAUGCCACCAUCCAUGCGUUGCUAGGAAACUUGUCAAAAUAUCCUCAAGACAGGACGUCUAUAUGGAGGUAAGAGCUGCUUUGGGUAGUCAUCAGUGCUUGCUGCACUAGAGAUGAGAGUUAAGAAUAGACCUCUUUAGCUUGUAUGUUUUAUUUUCUAAGUGUAGGUCAUGUGAUAAUAUGCAAGCGAACUGUUUCUUUAAAUUACAUCUUAUUCGAACCCCAUUGAAUAUUCAUGAUCCCUUAUAAUGACAUAAUGGACCUUAUUCACAAUACCUGCCAUGUUUUGCACGCGCUUACAGCUGUUUCGGAUAACACGUAGGGGUUUCAAUAAAAAUUGAAGUAGCCAGUAGGCUUGAAAACAGUAUCCGACUGUAUCAACAAGGGGCCGUUAGUCCUCUUUUUCUAGGGGGAUCUGGGGGCGUACUUCCCCAUAAAUAUUUGGAAAUUUCAAAGCCCUAAAAUGUGAUUUCCAGCGUUCUGGGUACUAAAUUGAGGACAUAAGAGUGUGUUUUUCAUUCAAAAAAAAGUAGCUUUCAUUCCAGUUUCGAUUUAUCAGCCACACAAUCAAUUGCUACAACUACCAAACGAAUGAUGAAAACUAAGUUACGUACUUUGCACGUAGACAAAUUCUGCGUAAACCUAUAAAAUUCUGAAAAAUUGACUUAAAUAUAGCGUUCACAUGACUACAGCAUGACGUAAAGCAUAAGAGAAAAUGAAGAAAAUUUAGCAAACAUUUGACAAAUUAAUUGAAACUGAAUAAGAUCGAUGAAGUCAAACAGUGCGAAUUCACUUUUUAAGUGCCGUUUUUCGCUUUCUUGUCAUCCAGAAAUUUUGCUACCAUGGCAACGUUACGUAACGACUUCUCCUCUCUAUUGGCAAUGUUAACAAAAAAACUAGACAGCCAUGACAGAGCCCCUUUAAUCUUACGAUAUCUUUUUUCUCUUUACUUUUAGAUGUGCCAAAUUUCUGGGUGAAAAGCAUCAACAUCUUGCGUCAUCCCUUACACCUGAGCUACUGUCUACUCAUCCAUUCUUUGCCACACCUGAGCCGUCCAUUGAUGAUCCUGCUUACGUAGCCAUUCUUAUUCUGGUGUUCAAUGCUACGGCUAAAAGUCCCACAAUGCUGACCAUGUUUCCAGGUUACACCACCCGUCACUAUGGAUACCUGCGUGACAGUCAACCUGAUCUGGUACCACAUCUGGAUAUAGAGAAAGUUGAUGUCAACAUAGAUCACAGGAUAACUGAAGAAGAAGGUGAGGAGUUAGUUGAACCCUGAGGGCUGGUUUUAAAACAGAGUUUAGCCAAAACAGCGUAGAAUGAGGUUUUGUGACAAAACCGCAUUCUACGCUAUUUCCAUUUUACAGGGACACCCUUGCUUUCCUUGGCUCCUUAUCUUAAACUUAAAAAUGUAAUAUGGUGGCCAACUAGAAAACCGAGCUUACUAUUAUCAUGUUAAUAGAUAAUGUAAACGGGACACGUCUGCUGUACUCUGAUCCACAACAGUAAUUUCAUGUGUGAUAUUACUCAGUUGUGAGGAAAUAACUCGCUGUUGUCACUGUCCAUUUUCUUUUAGGAUCCCAAAAGGCAAAGAGGUUUUUUGAAAGCAUCCAGUUGCGGCUUCAGUGCAUUGCAUCACAGAAUCCGGUAAAUGCCCAGCAAGGUCUUCAAACAGCCAUUCAAGAUUUGAUUCAUAUAAAGAGCAUCAAUUCGUCUCUUAGUGGUGAUGCCGAGUGCCUUUCUCUGUACCUUCAGUGUCACAGAAUGAUAUUGCAGGCUCAGAAUGACAAAAUAUGGAGCGUACCUGCAGUGCUUUGCACACAUCAGGGGUCGAGACUGAAAUCCUUAGUGGAAAACAUUCUCUUAACGUCCUAUCGCAUUGAACAUACGUUUAUGGGCCUUAGUCAUCAACAAAUGUUCUUACUACGGCAGUUGAGGCUCAUUGCGCAUGCGUUACAGAUUCUCGUCACACAACGUUACAGCAGCGCGCGUGACAGAAGCUUAAAUUCCAUGCUUCAGAUAUGGGAGUCUUUUUUGAUGAGAAUCAAAACAUUUUCAAACUUUAUCAACGAGGAGAACAUUCACACGGAUGCUUUUUCGGCAGCGGUUGUCUCAUUUCCCAGUUUCUUUGAAUCUAACAUCACUAACCCGUCGGAGGUAAUGAAUUAUGUUCACUCCAUCGUUCUGUCUUAUCAUGUUGCACAAUUACAGUUGACGAACAGUUUGCAUCAAGCAUCUGCAGUCAUAAACGAGCCACAUGGCGGUUCAGACAAUCCCCUAUGCUUCUCUGCUGGCCUGACAUUGGGAAUCAAUGUUGAAGCAGUAUUGGAGAAUGUGGGAGAUGCAAGCAAGGUCAGAGUGCAGGUCAGUAUGGCACUUAUCAUUGUAUUGAAUUGUUCUUACUGAUAAACGGCAAAAUCUAUAAUCAGUGACAAAAGCGUCAAAAUGCUUGUGUCAACAAUUUCAUGUAAUAUAUCAAAAACGACACGCAGUGUUUCAUCCGAUAUUCAGACACCGAGAAGUGGGUUGAAAAAUGAGGCACAGCUAAGUUUUUUAAGACCGCCCUCGAGUUGUCUGGAUAUCGAAUGAAACACUGAGGGAAGUUUUUGAUAUAGCUUCUCAAAUGAACAAGAAUUCUUGAAGAAAUUCAAAGAUAAAGUUCGCAAAAGUUUAUAGUAAUUAAGAUCCGAUAUCCUAACCACCGUACCGUCACGGUUGUGAUUAACUGUUUUCUCUUUAUGAAUUAUUAAUGCGUUUGAGAAUCAUUUGUAAAUCAUACAAUUAUGUUUAAACGCCGUAAAUCCCCCCACGCCGGAAUGUUGUUUGUAGUUGAAGAAAGACUAGAUACUAUUGGUUUGAGAGGAGGGGAAUGUUGCAUAACCAUUAUUUCCUCGUAAAAGAAUUGUAAAUUGUAGCCUGCGUAGCAGGCGCUAGGAAAUAAAUGGGCGCCUUGCGUGUCUCCCUCGCGCGCGCCCGUCCUUUCUUGCGCCCAUUUAUUCCCUAGUGCCUGCUACGCAAGCUAUGUAAAUUAUAAUUUGUUUAUCUAUACGGAGCACUUAAGAGUUCAUAAGAACUCGUUGAAACGUGUCCGUGCGUUCCAGAUCGAAUUGGAAUUUGAAAGUGUUGGUUUUUAAGGAGGGGCAAAACUGGAGUACCUCUCAGAGCAAAGGAGAGAACCAACAACAAACUCAAUCCAAACUCAAUCCACGUCGACGUCAGGAUACGAACCCGGGCCACAUUGGUGGAAGGAGAGUGCUCUCAACACUUCACCACCCAUGCUCCCAUUUGGAUGUGUCUGUUAAUACAGUUGAACCUCCAUUAAGCGGCCAGUAAUCAAAGUCCCGAAAUAAUUGUAGAAAAAAAUCGGAGCCUAGGGCCGGUUUACAUGGAGCUGGGGGACAACCCGCCUGUCCAUAUAAUGUCUCAUUUUUAUUUGAUCACGUUUACCUGAUGGGUAGGGUGACCCGCCCCAUGUUACCUCACCUACCUGGGGUCCCCCACCUCCAUGUAAACAGGCCCUUAGACUUCUUGUAAGAGACCACCUCUGUUAAGCGGCCGAGGCCACCUUUUGUCCGUCCCAACGAGAGUUCUCCCAUUGUUGUCACCUCUAUUAAGCAGCCAAUAAAGCGUUUGAUACACUUUGUUUAGCUUUAUUUCAAGAAUACGGUGAAAUAAAAUACAGUCCGACAUAGAAGGUGACGACCGAUUGUGGACCAGUAAUGCUGCUCCCUUCGUGCGUUUGUUUCAAAAUAAAGUGAUGUUUCUGCUAAAGAUUAUACAAAUUUAUGACGAACCUCUAUUGAGCGGUCAACCUUCUUAAAGCGGCCACUUGCCGGUACCCCGCCCGAGAGUGGCCGCUCCAUGGAAGUUCAACUGUAGUUAACCUCCUGAACAACUCUCCUGUAUAUACCAGUCAUUAUAAUAACAUCUUGCAGGUUGUAUUUCCUGAUUUAAGUUGCCAGUGGUUCAUUCCCAAACGCGAUGACUUUCAUGUGAUAUCUCCUCAAAAGCAACGACUUUCUACUACAGUCAUUUUAUCACAUCUUGGAUGGUCUGGUAUGUCUUAACCUGUUUUGCUUCUUCACUCAUCCUUCAUAAUCGCCACUUUAGAAACAAGAAGGUAACUGGAACCGAAAUGUGUCCCGCUUGCAUUAGUUGAUCAACUUUCGGUAAACACAAAAACAGUUCGCUUUCGAAAAUUUUGUUAGCACUAGCUGAAUGAGCUAAAAUUAGGUAACCUGUAAAUUUUCAGCCGUAUGUCUCAAAAGUAGCGAUUGCAACGGCCGCCGAAAAUUAGAGGGAUUUGUAUGAGAAAAACAACUCUUGCCACCCAGUCCCGCUUGAAUGGUUUUUCAUACAAAUCCUUGUAAAUUCUGAAGUUUUUAAACAGUCGUUAAAUCUUUCCCGUACGUUAAGGGCUCAAAUUGCCCGUUUUUAAUUAAAAGGAGAUUUGAGCCCCGUAAUGCUUAAGGAAAUAUUUCAGGACAGUUUGAAAACUUCGGAAGAAACUAUCAGUAUAAACUAGCCUAGACUUUCUCAAAGCCCGACUUACGUCCCUCGCUUGGCGAGCGUCCCUUGCACCUUUGGCGCUCACGGAGUCGACUUGUGGCAAGUCUAAAACUAGCUCUUUGUCAGUGUGAAUUCAAUGGUAAAACCCGUAUUUUCUCUUGUUGCAGAACCAGGCUUGAUCGAGGUCUCAUUAGUUAUUAAGUACAGUUCUGAUGUGGACGAAGCAGGUGUGCUGAGCCUUAGUUCACACGCGUUCAGCUGUUCAGAUGUGGAAGUCAGAGGUACAAAGAAAACCAAGAACUCUGCAGACAGUUUGAUCAGCGGUGUUAUCAAUCUCUGUUCGCCAGUUCAAGUUUGUAUCAUGCCGAAGCCCAUUAGAUAGUAUUAUUCAGUGCAUAGUUAUUCUCUAUUUGCACAUCUUCAGGACCCUAGUCGACUCCUGACAUCUCCCAUAAUAGACACUUGAUGACUGGACCAGAGAGAAACAGUUUAUUUUGUUUCCCGAAAAUCUUAAUGUUUCCCGUCGGUCAACAUUCGCCGGUGGCAGUGCACUGUUACCCUCUGACGUCGUAGAUUUGCAAUGUUGCCCGCUCUGAGAUUGUGGCCCGGGGGGGGAGGGGGGGUACUGCCCUAUAUGGGCUAUAUAGGUAUGUGCCGCUGUGAAGGGUAUGGUUUUCAAGCAGUUUACUCUAGCAUAGGGUAUAUAAAUCAGAGCGUUUGGGUCCAGAAUAGGGUAUCAUUUUUUAGGAAACUGAUCAGCUGGUUGAAGUUUAUAUCUAGACUAGGGAAACAGCUGCUCUAGGAUAGGGGGGAUUUGGGGAGUUUACUCUAGUAUAGGGUAGCAAAAUUCAGCUGAAUUAGCUCUGGUAUAGGUUAAGGGUUCCAGGGUCCCAGCGGCACAUCCCCACCCAGAAAUUCCUCAAGUACCCCCCGGGGAUUGUGGCGUGAAACAGUUUCAUUGUUAGAUGUCAUGUGACCUCGAAGUAACCAAUGAGAGCGCGCUGUCGGAAAAAAAAUCCGGCUAUAUAACAAUGACUUGUUUUAAAAAAAUGUUUUGAGCAAAGUAACCUCGUAAACAAUAUGGGUUCUUUUACGAAUAAAUUGUAAAUAGGGCGAAGUCCAACAUCUUCAUGUGCAAAUUGUGUGCGUGAGUUAUUUUUGUAAUCCUGUUUACUAGAUUUAUUGUGUGAUAACUCGAAUUAUUAUAUAAACACCAAUGAAAUGCCA